UUUUAACACCCAAGCAUCGCGUAUAAACACGCGAUUCACGCAGCAAUCCUCACAGGAAUAUGCGCCGAUGUGAAAGCGAUGAGUGAGCAUACCAAACACCUGUCGCGUCGCGUCAGGCUCUUUCCACGUCGGACGCGACUUUGUUGGAAGAGGUAGGCACGAUGGAGGCACCGACUACCAAACCAUGAGUCUCACUCUGGUUCAAUCUUCUGCCACAGAUGAGACCUCCGCAAUUUCAUUCUCGCUCCUACCAGCAUGGCGGAAGGCCUUGACAUCGUUGCGCUACCCGGCAUCGCGGCCCUUCCACCAACAACGGCAAGGCAGAUCGGUUCCGGACAAGUCCUCGUCGAUCCCAGUUCCGUCGUCAAGGAGCUCAUAGACAACGCUCUAGAUGCGCGAGCGAAGAGCAUAUUUGUGGAUAUCACUGCUAACACGGUCGACUCUAUCCAAGUCAAAGAUGAUGGCCAUGGUAUACCAGCUGAAGAUCGCCCUCUUGUAUGUCGCCGUUACUGUACCAGCAAAAUCAGAGAUUUUCAUGACCUGAGAGAAGUCGGAGGGAAAUGGCUGGGCUUUCGCGGUGAGGCACUAUCAAGCAUGGCCGACAUGAGUGGUUCGCUCUCUGUCACUACUCGAGUAGAAGGAGAGCUAGUUGCUGUCAAGCUGAAAUAUGGUCGGAACAGCGAACUGGCUUCCACUGAACACGACUCCCAUCCAGUUGGCACGACUGUCAAGGUUACCAAGUUCUUUGACUUCAUACCCGUCCGAAAGGAGACAGCGAUCAGAAAUUCAGCGAAAUUGCUUGCGAAGAUCCGGCGGCUGAUGCAGGCCUAUGCGCUCGCCCGACCUACCAUACGAUUCAGGCUUCGCGUGCUGAAAGCGAAGAACAACAAUGGUGACUUCGUCUAUGCGCCGAAGGCUGACGCCAACAUUGAAGAUGCAGCUCUAAAAGUCAUCGGUAAGGAUUGCGCUCUCCAGUGCGACGGGACUGCUCUGGAGACCGAGGGCUUCGAGAUUCAUGCUUUCCUACCCAAGCCAGGUGCAAGCGGACCGAAGAUAGCCCAUCAAGGGUCUUUCGUCUCGAUCGAUGCAAGGCCUGUGUCAAGUAUUCGCGGUACUGCCAAGCGGAUCAUCACAACUUACAAAGACCGACUCCGCAAGUCAACACCUUCUUUAGCUGGUGCCAAAGACCCGUUUUUCUGCAUGAACAUCAUUUGUCCGCCUGACAGCUACGACCCCAACAUCGAACCAGCUAAGGACGACGUCAUGUUCAAUAACAGCGAAGUGGUUGUUGCUGUUGUGGAUAAGCUGCUCAAAGCUUACUAUCCUGAGGCCAUCCAGGAUAUUGCAGAUGUUCAGGAUACUGAGAUACUGACGUCUGUACCACAGCAGUAUGAGCCUCGAUUUGAGGAGGUACCGAGUCGUAUCGAAAACUCCAUCACGAUACAUGAAGAUGAGCUUGCGAAUUGGAACGAGCAAUCCACGACUGAUCCGGCUCAGGCGCUGCCACACUGGAGGUCAAGCAUGUAUGGUAUCGAUGAAGAUGAUCUAGAGUUUCUACAAGAAAACCUAGCACCAGUGGUCGAAGAGGAAGAUGAGAAGGGUGUACGUGCAGUCGAAGUGUCUAACCCAUGGACUAUUGCUCGAACGAACGCUACAAUCAAGCCCAAGCAAGCUGUCAACAAUGAACAGCUCCUGAGCCCAGCCAAAAGCCAACGAGGUGGCGACACACAUCCUGCCUCUCCCAGUCCUACUGUUACUCCACGUCGCCCCUCGUUAGUGACACCCUUGACACCUCAGACGUUGUCAAAGACGAACAUGAGAUCUCCUUUGGAUGCCGAACUGGAGCGUAGUAUCCUGCAUAUGUCGCACCCUAGUUCAGAAGCUGGUGCUCUCGACGAUGGGACACAAGAGCGGGACACGGACAGUCAAGGUUGUCACGAGCGUAUCGGUCGUCCGCCACAGACCGGCAUGUCGAGCCAUUUCGCACGAUCUGACAUCAACUCCACCAAGUCAGGGCUCACGGACUACAACCACAUCGGAAAAGGCUCACAGCGGUUGACAUCUCCAGUAACGUCAGCUCCUCGUAACCGACGCACUCAACCGGCCUAUGUAAAUACACCAUUUGCACCACCGAAGCAAGGGUCAAAUGGUACGGGGCUUGAACAGUAUUUACUUGGUACACAAGCUCUCGAACCAGCUCGUCAACAGAAGCAGGCCAGGAAAAAUGGAGGAGUACCAUUCCCAAAGAACGCCUCAUCUUCUCCAAAUAGACCCGUAUUGGACCUAGCUGACCGACUAGUGGCAAGGCAGCUUCAUUCAAACGACAACACUGAUAUCCGCGACUUCUUUGGACGCGGCAGAGAUAAAGGAAUGCCUGAUUUGAUGAUUGAUGGUCUUUGUCGAGCUUCCUCAGCGGAACCGCAGUCCCGCUCAAAGCGUGUCAGACAUUGUUCACUGCUCGACGAUGAUUGUCGGAUGAAUCCCGAUCCGCGAGGAGUAGCUGAUCAAUUUCGAGCGUCUGCUGAACACAAAGAUCAUUCUUCUAGUCCUCAGACGUCUAGCCCAAUCUCAAAGCCUCCGGAGACGCACCAUCCCGACCAAAGCGCUAAAGAAAUGGAAGCGUACUUUAAAUCGCAAGAACAGCAACACUCCAGCUCUCCGUCCCGUACCCAGAUCUCUGUUCUAAGACAGGAGCCUCGCAUCGCUCCGCCCCACGAAACGACAAAGAAACCGCAUCGACCCAGACGUCGCACAACAGAUGCGCUCGAGCGAACAAAAUCCUUCAACCUCCCAUUGGAGCGCCCACCCGAUGGUUUCCACAUCCAAGACCUGGUCCUUCGCAUCUCGACGAGCAUCCAAGCCAACAUGCAAUGCUCGCACAAACUUGAUAUGCAGCGCAACAGCCCAGAGUGGGGCUACGCAUCGGAAAGCGCACAUGACGUUUUCGAUGAGCCGGCGUUGGAAAAGAAGAUUAUGGGGUGGGUGAUUUCGUUGGAUGCACUGUUGUGUAAGCGGUAUGAGAAGAUCGAUGGAGCGGAUACGAGGUGUGAGAUGCACGAGGGUAUCCAGCGGGCGCUUGAUGUGAGGAAAGAGGCGGAUGAUGAUAUGCGCAGUAUUGGUGAUGCGGAUCAGGAUGGAAUGAGCAGUGUGACUGGGGCAUCUGAACAUGCCGUACCUAAAGGUGUCGGCGCUGCUACUAGUAUCCUGGUACAGCAGACUGUCCUCGAGGACGAGAAGAAGGUGCACGAUGACGGCGAGUUCGAUUUCGAUAUGGAGGAGUUUGUUGAUCUGACGGGAGGGGACGAGAGGCAGACUCUGGGGGUAGCUGGUGAAUGGAUUGUGGAAGAGGACAAAUUUAAAGGUAAGUUUGAUGACGAUAUCGAGGACGAGAUGUUGAUGGAUCUAUGAAAGAAGUGGAGGACUGUGAUAUGACUAAUCAAAACCACUCGCCUAUAGUUAUAGCUUCAAGAUGUAAGAGCACAUUACACUCGACAAGUGGUAGUAUAUAGAAGCGU